UUAAAAUGAUCCAACCUAAAGUUUUGAGUUGUUUGAAUUUUAUGCUGAAAGUUGCUGCUCUUAGUUAUCAGUUUCUGCUUUGGGUAUGUUACUCAGCUAAUCUCUGGUUGUUGUGGGGGAUGCAUGAGUAUACUGUAGAUACAGUUUUAAGCUUUUUUUCCUUUGUUUUGAUGAGUUUACGUUUUUCUAUUUUCAAUCUUUGUUUGUAUUCUAUUGCAUUGCUGGUUGUGCCUUUCUGGAUUUAAAAGUAUAUAAUAUCUUCCUCUUUUUUUGUAUGACUUUCUUUUCUUGAUUAACUCUAUAUAGCAUUAUCCUUCUUCAGUGUGUUCUGUCAAACUAUAACAAAUGACAGUAGUUUUAGAUAGCCUUCAAUAUAUCUGCGUUGUUUUCUGUAGGUGUUAAUUAGGGCUGCUCUACGAUAUCAUAAUGGGCCAAACUUAUUUUGCUAUCCAAUUUGCUGAACUAAAUAAUGGAAUAUCUUGUCUUUUUAAUUUUGGGAUGAAAUACGCUACCUCCAUUGGUUAUUACUGCUUAAAAACUUUGGAUCUUCUUUUAGCUGCUGACUUUUUGUUUCAAUAUUAAACACAUCGACAACAAAAUUUUAUGAAAAGACAUUGCUAUCCUCUGUUUUUCCGGGAGUUGAGUUCAUUGUCCUUUCACGCCUUCAACCUGUUUUCCAGUUCAUAACCUAACAGGGCCUUUCAUUACUGCUGCAACUUAACUAACUUCCCAGUCUUCUGGUUAGGAUUUCAAUGUCUGCCUCCUUAAUUGAAUUAUUAUUCUUUUUCUGGUUCUUGUGAAAUAUCUGUCAUUUUUAAAAGCUAUUGAUAUUAACCUUAUUGUGUAUAUUUGUCGAAUUGUUGCAGUAACAUUAACUGUUGAAAUCUUCUGUGCUUAGUACCUGUAUAAUAUGGAUCAAGAAGAUGGAAAGAUGGGCACUGAGAAUCCUCCACAAGCAUCUUCUAGUCCUCUGUCAUCAGGAAAAGAUGAUAUCAUGAGCAAUGAGAAUCAUCCUGAAGGGACUUCUAAUCCUCUGUCAUCAGAUGAUACGAUGUGUACUGAGUAUCCUCCUGAACUGUCUUCUAAUCCUCCGUCAUCAGCAAAAGAUGAUAUGAUGGGCACUGAGAAUCAUCCUGAAGUUUCUUCUAAUGCUCUGCUAUCAGCAAAUGACAAUAUGACGGACACUGUGAAUCCUACUGAAGUGUCUUUGAAUCCUCCAUCACCAGGAAAAGAUUUUAUGAUGGGCACUGAGAAUUCUCCUGAAGUGUCUUCUGAUCAGCCAUCAUCAGGAAAAGAUGGUAGCAAGAAGGAUGCUGAUCCUUCUGAAGGAUCUAGUAAACCAGAGUUGAGGGACAAGAAUACUCAACAAUCAUUGAAGGCAAAAUCUAAAAUUGUCAAAAAAUCUCAGGCUAGUAAACUUAAGGCCAGGAAGAACAAUGGCUCUCAACAAAUUCGUGAGAAAAAAAGAAUUAGAAAGAACAAAAAAGUAGUGGACAAUGCUGAAAGUUGCCAUAAUGCAGAUAAGAAACAAAUUUCAGACAAUAGCCAGCAGAAGGAAACUAAUGAUGAACCACCUAAGAACAGUCAGGAGGCCGAAAACAAUGAAGUGAAGGAAAGUCAAAAUAGGAGCACUAGUAAUAAAAAUCCCGCAGAGAAGAUCCAUCUGUUGGAUAAGACUGAACAAAAAAUGAAGAAUAAAGAGAAGCAUAGAGAGUCAAAUAAGAGUUCUAGGGGUAGGGAAAACAAGGAUAAGCAAAGUGGGAUAGAAGAGAGUCAAUCCAAAGAGAAAAAGAGUGAAAAGCUUGGUGGUCUCAUAUUUAUGUGCAAUGCAAAGACGAAGCUGGAUUGUUUCUGCUAUCGUGUCAUGGGUGUUUCCGCUGGUAAAAAGGAUGUUGCUUUACAAGUCAAACCUGGGCUUAAGCUUUUUCUAUAUGAUUUUGAUCUGAAGCUACUGUAUGGAAUUUAUAAGGCUUCAUCUUCUGGUGGCAUGAGGCUUGAACCCAGAGCUUUUGGUGGCAAAUUUCCUGCUCAGGUGAGAUUCAACAUUGCUUCUGAUUGUUUCCCUCUACCUGAGAGCAUUUUCAAAAAGGCCAUCAAGGAUAAUUAUAAUGAAAAGCACAAGUUCAGAACAGAACUUACUGUUAGACAAGUAAGGCAACUCACUCAACUUUUCCAACCAGCUGGAAUUCAUUCAGCUGUGCAACCUAUCCAUUCCCCUCCAAAAGCAAUAAUUCGAGAAAGGGAAUCCCCUGAUGAUGUUAGGGGAUCAUGGCCCCAUUCACGCAGGGAAAGCUAUCAUGUGCAGUCUCAUGUUAGGGAUCAUCAACUUGGCCGGCAAGAGGACAUUACUCAUGACUUGUUUCUUAUGGAGAAGAACUAUAGAGCUUAUGGUCUCCGAGGAGAUUCUUACAAAGGAGAGUAUGAACACCGUCGCAAUGUCCCUGCCCGUGUAGAAAGUAUGCACACUGAUCCUCUUUAUUUGAGUGACAGUAGACACCAGAACUAUUUUCAUGAUACAAUUUCGCACAAUGUGAAGGAUCCUUAUUAUGUCCAUAGCUAUGGUGCUUCACCUAGGGAUGCAUAUUUAAGAAGAGAGGAAAUUUCUUCAAGCUCAUAUUUGGUUGGGGAAAGACCUUUUGUUGGCACCAAUAACUUGCUAAGGAGAGAGACUGUUCAGGAUAGGCGUUACUCAAUAUAUUCUGCUGCUGAUGCUCUCUCUGAUUAUAACCCAAUGAGGCCGUGUAAUGGAGACAAGUUGGAAUCUUCACUUGGACCGGUUUCAUCCCGUUACUCUUUUGCUAGCCCUUCAUUUUCCCGUCGCUAACGUGAACGUGCAUUUUGAAUCCCUUGUCUUGUGUUCCUCACUAUUAUCUUUCAUUCAGGUGGCUUACCAGGUUGCUCAAAGAAAAAAUGAGCAAGACAAUGAGUGAGUGACUGGUAGAUAUUACAAACUGUACAAUCCUGUAAGGUAUAUGUUUGAAAACAUGUUACAAAUUAUGUAAACAUGAAUAUAAUGUAGAAGUUAUAAUUAGUAGCGGUAAAGUAAAUAUGAAUUUGU